AUGACCUGCAGCGGCUCGAGCGAGAAGCCUGCAGUGGCGGCGGCGCAUAGCAGCAGCUUCGGCACAAACACCGCUGCAGGAGGCAGCGGCGGCCUCACAUUUGACCAGGCGCUCACGCAGUACGUCGGAGAGUUUGGACGCGGCCAAAUUUUGAAUUUCGUCCUGGCCAGUCUCAUCUGGGUGCCGAACGCGGUGCUCAUUCUAUUGCUGGUCUUCUCCGUGGGAAGCCCAAUCAAGGAGCGGCUGUGGGAGUGCUCAGACCCGCGUGACGCUGCCUGCCAGGCGGUGCUGGCCAGCCCCGACCCAGCGGUCGGUUUCUGCAGCCUGCAGCGAUCCCAGUGGCGGUGGACGCAACCAAGCACAGGGCUGAUCUCACAGUUCGACCUCGUGUGCGCUGCCAACGCCUUCUUUUUUUUUGGCUACCUGAUUGGGUCGGGCGUCUUUGGUCAGCUGUCUGAUGUCAUUGGCCGCAAGUACUCCACAUUUGCAGCCGCCGUGAUCAGCGCCGUGUUUGCAGCCGCCGGCCUGGGCUGCACAAACUACUGGUCCUGGGUGGUGAUGCGCCUGCUGUCAGGCGUCGGCGCCGCGGGCACCGCGCUGGGUGCCUACAUCCUGUCAACAGAGGCCAUCGGCGACGGCUGGCGAGGCUGCAUGGGCAUCGCCACUCAAAUAUUUUUCAUUGUCGGGGAAUUCACUCUUGUUGCUAUCGCGGCCAUUUUCAAGACAUGGAGGGGCCAGGCGGCGGCAUGCGCAGUGCUCAAUGCGACGGUGCUGCUGCUGUGGCCGGCACUGCCCGAGUCUGGGCGCUGGCUGCAGGUGCAGGGGCGCAAGGACGAGGCCAUGAAGGUGCUGGAGCGCUUUGCGCGCCUCAACGGCACCCAGCCACCAUCGCAGCCGCUCGCCGACAUCAAACAGGGCCCUGCGGGCGCCGCCGGGGCCCCUGUGCAGCGGCUGACACUGGGCGCGGCCCUGCGCGACUGGCACAUCCUGCGGCGAUUUGUGGUGCUGUCUUACUCGUGGAUGGUCAUCUGCAUGACCUAUUACGGCAUCUCUUUUGCACUGGGCAGCCUGGGAGGCAGCCUGGUGGUUUCAUUCAUGGUGUCAUCCAUCGCAGAGCUUCCCUCUUACCUCUUUACGGGCUGGGCCAUUGAUCACUGGGGCCGGCACAACACCAUGGCAGGGUGCGUCCUGCUGGGCGGCGCGGCGUGCACCGCGUGUGCGUUCGUGCCCGGCAGCGGCCAGGUGGCCUUGGCGUCAAUUGGCAAGUUUGGCAUCGCAGGAGCCUUUGCCGUUGCCAGCAUCUACACAAGCGAGCUUUUCCCAACCCUGAUACGCUCUGGCGUCCUUGGCGCCUCAAACCAGGCCGCCCGCGUCGGAGGCAUCGUCGCGCCCUUCAUUGCCCUCGCCGGCACAACGCACAACUCGAGCCUCAUCCCCUUCCUCACCUUUGGCAUCGCCGCGCUGCUGUCUGGAAUCCUGAUCUUCACGCUUCCCGAGACUCUGGGCGUCCCACUUCCUGAUACCAUGCAAGACAUGGACAACAUUGCGAGCAUCUUCACGCACCACACGUACGCCAAGAAGGGCCUCAAGGCCGCAGCGGCAAGCAUGUUCAAGCCGCGGGUGCAGCUGCCCAAGCAGCAGCCGCGCAGCAGCUGGCUGCGCGCCGGAGGAAGGGGCGGUGCUGACGGCAGCGACGGCGGUGGCGGCGGCGAGGCGGGCGGGGCUGCUGCAGCGGUGCAUGGUGGUGGCGUGAAGAAGGGCAAGCAGGAGCAGACUAGCGUGUGGGCAGAGGACGAGGUGGGCGCCGUGCCCGAGGAGGAGGGCAGCAGCCUCAUCGGGGUGCACCGGCCACCGCCGCGCCGCAGCGACGGUUGCGGCGGGGGAGGCGCCGACGCUGGCAGCGCUAGGGUAUAA